AUGUCAUAUAUAUCUAGGAGUGACUGGGCGGAGGACGUCUACCUCGUCAGCUUUGACUGGAUGCUGACAAACUCCCUCCCCAUGGAAGUCAAAGCCACCAGAGUCAAGGUCUGCCCUCGCCCUCGAGGAAACGUCUUGAGCUACUCCCCUCAAGAGCCCGUCAGCCUCGACCAAGCCCUGGUCAAGUCGCUCUUUCAUCUCACGCAGUAUGAGGCAGCCCAGGCCAUCGGGAUCUCUCUGUCCUCUCUCAAGCUAGCCUGCCGUCGCAUGGGCAUCAGAAAGUGGCCCUACAACCGACGGAAUAUGUCGAGGAAAAGCGAGACGAAACGGCCCGCUGGCAAGGAGGGCUCAGGAGCGAGUGAGGGGGAGGAAGAAGCAGCCAUGCAUGUGCUGUUUGCUCAGACGAGACCGUACUGGCUGGAGUCAGGCUUGGAGGAGCUGCUGGAGGAGAGCCUGAUGCAUGUGUCCGGGAGGGCGUUGUAG